CACGGGACGGUAACCGGUUAAGAUUGUUUUAGUCUUCGACAGAAGUUGGUUUAGACAAUUAGUUUCAGAGUAGAAUCUAAAUUCCAAACACAAAACCACUACCAAAAUGAGUUACUCGUGGGAUAAGCGUGUCGAAUUCAUCGUCGGUCACAUGUACGACAUUGACAACAAUGGCUUCCUGGACAACAACGAUUUCCAGUGCAUGGCUCUCCGUGCCUCCGUCAUCGAGGGCAAGGGCGACAUCAGCCCGGCCCGUCUGAACGAAUACAAGUUCAUCAUGAAGUCGCUCUGGGAUGAGAUCUCCGCCCUGGCCGAUUUCGACAAGGAUGGCAAAAUCACCACCGAAGAAUUCAAACAGGCCGUCAAACAGACCUGCGUUGGCAAGCCCUACGCCGAGUUCCCGAAGGCCAUGAAAGCCUUCAUUGACGCCCACUACAAGAUGAUGGACAUCAACAACGACGGUCUGGUCAGCAUAGAGGAGUACCGUUACAACUGCAUCACCAGAAUCGCCAUUGAUGACAUCAAGGUGGUCGACGAUUCCUACAAAGCCCUGGUCAGCGCGGAGGACAACAAGAAGGGUGGAAUCACCCUGGAGAGAUACCAGGAACUGUACGCCCAGUUCAUGGGCAACGAGGACCCGAAGUGCGCGGCCAUCUACCUGUACGGCCCAAUUCCAGAAUAAAUUGAUUCACCCUCGAAACUCACCUCCACCAAAAGAUCAACAUCUUCAACCCAUCUGCAGCUAAAGAAGAGAAGGAAGAACAUCAUUGACAAGAAAAAGACGUAGUUCUAACACCGUAAUAAUGUCGCAGACAUUCGAGAGCACUGCACUGCUCCCUAUCGAUGUUUUGAGCCGGACACCCUCCAGCAAAUGCCUCGCCCGGUCCCAAGCGCCGAUAGAGCUCCACCUCCAGCCGGCGGUCGGCCGCGGUGACGACGACAGCGCGCCGGCAGCAGUGGCCGCUACUGCUUCUGCAGCGUUACAGUGCGUAAACCAACCCAAUUUAUGCUUAUAACAUAGAUCAGAUGCAUCAAUAGGAAAACUUGAGGCUCCCGAGGGACAACCGACAACCAGCAGCAAGAGAACAAUAGCGUUUUCCCUGUGGCAAGACUAGAACAACCUUUGAACAACGUAGCAAAACAUCAUCAUUAGUAUACAAGAACGGCAAACAACAACAACGCCACCAAAACACACAAAGCGGGUAGCACCACACGCAUCUCAUCGCAAAAACUGUGUUUUAAAUCAACUUCUUCUCUCUACGGGCCAUCUGUAGACUCGAAAACUAAAACAUCUCACCACCAACUAGACAGACUAGCGCGCUUUUGGCGGCAAUAGGGAAUCCUUUCGUCGCCCAGACACGCUUGUGACACACAGGUUUUGAGACACGCAAACACCGAAGAACCGUGUCGUUGCAUGUUGUACAGCAUAGACGAAGAAAGCAGAAGCCCAAAAACAAAGCGUAGAAGAUUCCCGUGCGUGCCAACCGCAACGGGAACACGUUAGGCAAGUGAACGUUAUCUAAUUUGUACGGACGGAGCGCGCAUUCGAACGGGCGCGCGCGCGCGCGGCAGAAGUCUUCGCAGACGUAGACGAAAAGAAACCGCGAAAGGAAUGGAUUUUUAAUAAUAAAACAAAAUUCAUUUACCAAUCAAAAGACCUAGAAAGAUCGAACGAUCGAACUGUGCCGACUAGAGAAAGCGUGUCGAACAGACCGGCAACCUUACCGGUGCUCGAUCACGAGUGACUUCGCCCCCAAACCGACCGAGUCACCAGCCUAACUAAACCAGCCAAAGUAUACGCGAAACAAGUCCCUCGAAUUUUGAAAGGAGCAUUAACACCAUAAGAAACGCUACCAAGCAAACCCGGAGACAGGCAGUUCACUUAAAUCAACAGCAUCCUUACACAGCAGCAGAAUUCCUGGCCAAUUCAACGUGUGACAAAGUGAACCAAUCCCCGUCAUGGGGACGCUGGGAAAACGGGGAUCGCCUCACUAUUUGCCACAUUUGGCUACACUUUAUCCCGCUGAACAGUGGAGAGACGGGCCGUCAGGGCUGAAUGGAAUGAACCGAAUACUACCACCUUUUGCCCCUAUCCAUACGGACACACUUGUGCCGGGACACUUUCAUUCUAUCGCCCAUUAUCGCGUUGGCGGCUGCAUCUCGCCGUGCCCAGCGUGUCGGUGAAGCUGUACCAAAGUGCCCAAUAGAAACGCCUAACGUUUGGCGGUUUCCGCUACCUGUGCAGCCCUCUCGUAUCCGGAGUGGCCUUUUUCCUCCGAAAGCUUUUCAUUUUCAUACGAAAAGCCUUUUUGGUAGGUUAUAGUUAUUUUUUUUUUCAUCCGUAGCUCCAGCUGCUGGUAAAGCACCGGUCUGGCCAGAUCUGCUGGCCCAAGGCCCGAAGAAAGGAUGAAGCAAAAUUAUGACCAACAUCCCGCCUUAGCCGGGUGGCUCGCUUUUGUGUCCGACGGCGUUCGUCGUGACCAACGUGAACAAACACGAAACGGAAAGCUACCGAGAGCUUUGCAAACGUUAUCGCAGCUUUUGAGUUCUUUUUGAGUAGUGCCCGACACGCACUCGAAACCAAUUUGUACAUAGUACACACCUAGCUAUCCUUGCUCACUCAGCUUAGCUUUUUGUCCUUUUUUCUCCGCGAGCUACCGAAAAAUGGGCCCACAUCCUUGGCCCCUUUUUCUGGAGUCGGUAAUUUGCGGGCGAAAAAAGAAUGCCCCCGUCUUGUGGGACAACGAACCAAAACCUUAAUGCGUUUUGUUGCGUUCCGACGACCGUUCCGAUCGUUCAUCGAUCGGAAGGGGCAUAGUCGGAAGUAUGUCUCCCUCUUCGCAAUGGAACUGUGCACCACCCCGCACAGCAAACAGAGCUUUGGACUGGUAUUUUCGUUUGCCUUUCUUUUUAACACGAUUUUUAGCCGAUCUACUAACCCCUAGCUCGUAGACACACUCGUGUUUUGAUAGCGUGUACAGUGUUGUUUUUUUCAGUUUGUUCGAUGUUUUCAACGCAUACACAACCCUUUUAAUGUAAGGAUGUGUACGAUAAUAACCCAGCAGACAAGCAAACACGCGGAAAGCAUACAAGAACUACAUACAAUACUACUUAAUACUACAUCGUUUUAAAUCGUAAUGAAUUAUGAAACUCUUAUUGAAUGUUACUCUUUUUUCUACUCUUACCUAUUGUUGUUCACUCGUUAGUUUGUAACCAGAAACAGAAAAAAACAUAUUAUACUAUACUAAGCGUUGCAUACUAGUGUGUUAUAGUUACUGUUAUAGAUGAUACGUUUUUUUCGUUUUUAAGCAAUAUUUCUCGCCUCCUUCUUUGAAAGUUUGACAACAACUAUGGAUAAAACAAAACCAAACCAAGUACUGUUUUGAAUGCCAACGAAAAAACAGCCAAUUAACAUCGAAAUGGUCUCUCAGCACCACCGAGAGACGAUCAACAGAAACAUCUUUUUUGAGGUUAUGUCAUAAUGUUCGUUUGUAAUACCAUUCAACAAUACCAUCUAGAGAAAUGAAAAGAAUAGAAACAAUACCAUCAACAGGACAGCAGGAAGAAUAAAAAUAAAGCAUAAUAAUACCAUACUUUACUGGAACACCGUUUACAAGUAAAGAGAUAGAGAGAAAGAGAGAUAGUUCGAGAGAAAAGGCAAGUCCAAAGGCAGACACCGAAAAACUGGUUCGUUUUUCGGCGACAGGAUGAAGAUCACUAGCACCAACUAACUGCAAUUCGCAUUUGGAACUGCAAUGCCCCAAAGGAAAACAAAAAAUAAUCCGUCAAUAAACAUCUGGAAACGGAAAACAAAAAAAAGGAAAACAAAC